AUGGAAACUAACCCCGAAACCAUCCAGCCUGCAGUCUCGCAAGAGGACGAAGCUGUCGCAGUCUUUCUCAUCCAUGACGGUGGUGGUACAAUAUUUUCUUACCAUUGUCUGGCCCCUCUUCAUCGCCCCGUUUAUGGGAUUUACAACCCGAACUUUAGCAGUGGAGAGCCUUUUGACGGUGGACUCUGCGAUAUGGCUCGAUUCUACGUUGACUUGGUCGUUGAAGCGGUGGGCAAGAAUGACUUCCCUAAGCGAUACGAUGCCGACGGGAAUAUUCAAAUUAUCCUUGGUGGCUGGAGCAUGGGUGGCCACUUGAGCCUGGAGAUGGCACAUCAACUGGAUAGCAAAGACACUGACAUCAAAGUCAUUGGCAUCCUCAUGAUCGACACCGUUUACCCCCAGAAGCAAUCGAACGGAACCCCCCGAAAGACAGUAAGCCAGGAAGAUGUUGAGGGACAAGAUCCGUCUCGCAUUCUUGCCGACCGCGCCAUGGCGGAUGCGAACCGCAUGAUAGAUGCAUGGACGCCCCCAGUUUGGAACGGAGACUCUGCAGAGCGCCGACCACGGAUCACCCUGCUCCGGGCUAAGGAAUCUGUACCCCUAGACAGGGACGGAACUAUGCACUUGGGUCGCAAGGAGCGGAACCUGGGAUGGGACACGUACGAGAAUGAUUUGUUUUUCAAUGUGGCAGAUAUCGAAGGGAAUCAUUUUGAGAUAUUUGCAUUCAGAUACCUCGACGGUAUUUCAGACACGAUGAAAGCGGCUUUGGAUGCUCUGGAGAAUGCCGCUUUGAAGGAUUGA